GGGCUGAUGGGAUUUCGGAAUGCUCGAUCUGUUCGCGUCACUAGCUGGAGUGUUAUUUUGUUGAUGACGGCGGAUUGAUUGGCAGCCAUCUGGUUUAAGCCACAGGAAGGAUUUCCACCAUCAUGCAGAAGGUAGAGGGAUGGCCAGCCACGGGCAGAAUGUCCUCCUUGCGAGGUCCAUGUGCUCCUGGCUCACCCAGCAUCAAGGCCCGUGUGAAUGAUGAGGUGAUGGAGUACACGGAUAUGGCUGCCCUGCCCAGAGACAAAAGUAUUCUUCAGGUGGAGAGACCAGAUCUCAUGACCUACCAACCUCACCUCACCUACUCACCACUAGACGCAGUGCAUACGUCCCGUAGAGAGAGAUCCCUUUCUCCUCCCUCCAUCUCUCCUCCUCCCUCUCCUAAGCUGAAGAUGUGUAGGGAGGAUGGAGGGUCUCCAGGAGGCUCCACAAUGCAGCUCCGGAAGACAUCCAUUCCCCUACAGCAGCAUUUCCACAGGCCAGAUAAUGGUGCCAACAUCUACAUGAAGCUGCCUAAUUUAAACAGUACUGAGGUCAGCAAGCAGAAGGUGAUGGGCAGCAUUAUCCAGUCGUCUAAGUUCCCAGCAGCUCAGAAACCAGACCCCAACCUGCCCUCAAAGAUAGAGACAGAGUACUGGCCCUGUCCUCCCUCACUGGCUGCUAUGGAGAUCGAGUGGAGGAAGAGGAAGGAGGAAGAGGAAGAGGGGAAGGAUGAGUUUGAAGUCCUGACUGAUGACGCCAAGACACUACAGGAGCAGGAGCUCCACAAGAUCAAGUCUAACCUGGGCAUGCUGAUCCUGAAGGAGGAGAAGGAGGAGCAGGAGAAGGCUCUACUUGACCGCAGGAAGACGCAGUCACUGCCAGACAGAACACACAUGCACACAAGUUUCUCCUUGAAGUUGUCCUCCAGCUCAGGUCUGACCAGGAUGCAGCCUGCAGAGUUCACUACAGAGGGAAAUCAGGGCAAAACAGCUGAACAGAAUGGAGAGGCACCGCGGGAAAGGAUGGACAGAGGAAACUCACUGCCAAGUAUGCUGGAACAGAAGAUCUACCCAUAUGAAAUGCUCAUAGUCACCCACAGAGGGCGCUGCAAGCUGCCGCCAGGCGUGGACCGUACCAGACUGGAGAGACACCUGUCUCCUGAGGACUUUGAGCGUCUGUUCGGAAUGCCCAUCGCCGAGUUUGACCGUCUGUCACUAUGGAAACGAAAUCAUUUGAAAAAGAAUGUUCAACUUUUCUAGCAGAAAGUGACCUUAUCCAUCACAGGAAACAGGAACCGCUCCACUGCCUAACAAAGAAUACACAACACAACACUAUCACACUCUAACUAACCAUAUAUACGUCACAUCCUAACUAGUCCUAUAUCACUGUAGCCAUAUUCUACCUGUAUGUUCCGUUAUAUCCUCUAGGGCUCUAUUCAAUCAGAUCCGCUUUUGCCGACAUCUGCAUAGCGGUUGUUUUGGCGGUGUCAGAGGUAGAACUGCACUAGAGCUGUCAAAUCCACAAGCACCUCCUGAUAUUCUACCUAAAGUGGACAUUACCAUUGGUUGCACAGAGUUGCAUUAAGAGAAAUCCCAUGUAGCCUUGUUUACAAGUUGGAAGACUGGAAUGUGAGAUGUAAUCUAUACCUACAUUUGGAUGAUAGAAACCAUCAUCAUUUAGUUUAGUGAUUUUCAAUUUGAGCGUCAUUAUUUCUAUAUGGCCUACAUUCUGAACUUCUAACGCGAGUGGGAUGGUUGCGGCUGCGUGACAAUGAUCAAGAGCAGCUGAUCAUGUUUUAACAGCUCCAACUUAGUUACACCUCCAAAACAUCAGCUAUGCGAGUGUCUGCUGUCGCUGGUUAAUGCUGGAUCUGAUUGAAUCUGGGCCCUAGUCUCACUGGCUUUGAUAUAGAGCAUCAGUACAGAGACAAGCCUGACCAAAGUCUUACCCCUAAUCCUAACCGAUCUGAUCAUAAGCAUUGAGAAUCUCCUAGUAUCUACUGCCUCCGCACCACAUACACACACACAGAUGUACAUACUGUACACACACUAUCUGGCCACACAAUAAUUAUCACUGCUUUUAAUACACCUAGAAAUGUGAAAAUAUUAUKAUUUUCAUAGUAAAUCUACAGUGCAUUCGGUAAGUAUUCAGACCUUCUCUUUUUUCCA